AUGAAAGACAAUCCUUUAUUUAAAACUGACCCUGAAAUCCUGAAAAGUGAAAAAAGUCUAACUUUGUUAGACCGAAUUUACUGGGCUUACUAUAUCCACUUACCUUUCUAUUUGAUGACUACUGGAGAGGCUUUUGUGCUACAUCUGAUCAUGUUUUUAUUCUUAUCAUUUAUUGUCUACGCCGUUGGGGUUUACUUGCCUGCUUCUACCUUUUCGCUCUGUGGCAGAAUUUACUAUUACAUCACGGGCGAGGACUUGUUGCAAACUGUCAGACAGCACUUCCCAACCAUUUCCAAAAACUACUUUUCUUAUAUUGAUCUUCCAUGGUUCAACGUCACCAACUACUUGGAAAACAUAAUCAAUUAA